CAGCGCACGGCAUGAAGACUUAUCGUUGGCCGAGGGAACCAAUGUCUGUCACAUAUCCAACGACUAACUUCAAGCUAAUUUCAUCGCGGUUUUAAAAUCCUCGGAAAAAUCUUUUUAUGUCUCAGGAUUUUCUCUCGGCCGUGUAUCUGCAUCGCAGGGUCCUUCCACCCCCCCCACCCCCCACCACACACACACACACACACACACACACACACACACACACAUUUUCCCGGUGCGGUCCUCCUCCUCCUCCUUCUCCUCCUCUUCCUAGUUUUCUCCGAGUGGCACAGCGCGGCCAUGGUGGACUCUCCCGGCGCAGCAGUGAAGAAAACAUUCACGGUCCCGGAGAUCAAGCCGCUGGAUCGGUAUGACGUGAACCGGGCCAAGAUCUGCGCCAGCGUGCGGUGGCUGCUGUCUAAAUCCUACGGCUCUGCAGAAAAUGUUCCUGUUGAGCUUCGAGAGCCACUUUACAAAGACCAGUAUGAGCAAGAGCAUCUCAAGCCGUCCAUCACCAAGCUGCUUCUCUCCCCAGAGGUUUAUUGCCGGGCUCAAGCCCUGUUGGCUCCGGCACAUGGGGUCUCUCCACCAGCAUCGCAGGGGCCCCCGGCUGAUAACUCAGCCCUGCUGCAGUUCCUCACAAAGAAAGGUCUCAGCCCAAAGGUUCAGGAUGUGGACAUCACAGAAGAGGACCUUAACCACACACCCAUCAACACGAAAGCCCACCUCGCCCUCAUCGACUCUCUGAUGUCACUGGCAGCCAAAGAGGUGGUUGGUCAGGUGAAAAUGGCAGAGGAGGCUGAGCAGAUAGGUGUCGGAGCUCCGUGGGAGAACGCCCUGCUCUUUUGGGUCAAUAGGUUGAACCAGAAGUUGAGAGAAAGCACAGAAGAAGAAGAGCUUCCCAAGACAAAUACAUGUACCGACCUGCAGCCUGUACAGGAAACGUCUCAGUCCACUCGUUGGUACUGGAAGCUAGUCCCCCAUGCAAUCGCUUUUUGUUUGAAGGAGUCGGGGAAUAAGCCACCAGUGAUUCGCUACAGGAAAGACAAAGUGCAGUCCAAACUGACUCCUACUUUCCCUCUGGUUUCUGCGGUCAAAGAUCUGUCUAAUGGCUGUGCAAUAGCCGCUGCUGUGCACUACUAUUGCCCCGGCUUGCUGCCUCUAGAGGAUGUGUGUCUGAAGGACACUAUGUCUGUGGCUGACAGCUUCUACAACCUGCAGCUGAUCAAAGAGUUUUGUGAGAGCAGCUUGCAGAGCGGCUGCCCCCUGGCUGUAGAGGACCUUCUGUACGCUCCGCCCACUCUGCAUCUGAACAUAAUGAGCUUCAUAGCGGAGCUACUGGAAUGUUUUGAGGUGAAGAAGCCUGACUUUGUCAAGCCAGUGCAACCUAUUGACCUCACAGACAUCUCAGGGUUACUUGACUGUACAAGCCCCGUCAGUGGGAACAGCAACAGCGGUUCUCCUUCGUUCAUCUUUAAACAACCGUUUGUGCCCAUCCCUUCUCUUGUGUCCACAGAAAACAAAAAUUGGACAAAAAAACAGAUUAGUCGUCCUCUGUCAGCAGUGACUUUCAGCAUCCCAUUUGGCCUGGACAGUGAUGUUGACAUUGUCAUGGGAAACCCAAUAGAUUCUGUCUUUCGCUCUGUCAGCACUGACAACCUCACCACUGGCAUCCCUGCUCUCACCUCCACGGCAACAUCAGCGGGGAUGACGUGUGUCUCGUACAGCCCUCCGGAGGACCUCAGCCACCUGGUCAGCGCCUCUGCCCCAGCGCAGCGGUCUUCCUGGGGCCCCUAUGCACACACGGCACCGCUGGGAGAACUCCCGACCAUUGAGGAGGUGCGACAAGUGGUUCACAUACCUGACAGCAAAGACAGAAAGAAGGGGGGGACAAGUGAGAAAAGUGGGAGGGCAGUAUUCACGGGCAGGCCGGAGCCCAGGUUACGUCCAGAGGGAGCACCUGCAGGUUUCUUUCUGCACUCCCCCGAAGAGAAUAACUCCCAACUGAGCAGCUCAGCUCCCUGUCGCUCGGGGGUUCUCUGUCGACCAGUCAGAGGGGAGGCUGGUGACCAUGACAGGCAAGGAAAAAGAGAGCGAUCCAAACAGUACUCUAUGUCACGUGAUGACGACUCUGUUCUACGAGAUGGCAGCAUUGACUCGUCUGAAGCUUCAGAUGAUUUGCCCAGAAACACCCCUGGCAAUAUACGACCCAGUAAUGGUCGCCAUGGAAACCACAGUAGCAACAGCAGUCCGUGCAUGACAAGCUUUGCUGAACGACGAGACAACCGACGAAGACAAGCUGCCACUCCCGGGGAGGAGUCAGCAUCUGCUCCAACACCAACAACACCAGGAACACCACACACACCCUCAACACCAGCAGGUGCAUCAGGCCACCAGCAUCAACUGGACGGUCCAGCCUCGAGAGGUCCCGAGCUAAGCUCCGAGGCCUGGGAGCUGGGAGCUCGCCUCGAAGAAAAACGCAAAAGCAUAGAAGCUCAAAAAAGGCGCAUUGAAGCCAUUUUUGCCAAGCACAGGCAAAGGCUCGGGAAAACUGCUUUCCUUCAGCUGAAAAGGGAGCAGGGAGAGGGCGGAGUGGAGGGAGCAGAGGAAGAUAAUCUGACCCUGGAGGAGCGUCUCACUCGCAUGGAGGAGCAGCUGAAGCAGGAUGAGGAGAAAGUGGAAAAGGAAAGAGAAACAGAGAAAGAGAAGCCAUCUGUUUCCGACCCACCUCGACUGGAGAAACAGGUCACUUUCUCCAUCGACAACAAGAAAGGGGGAGAGAAAGAAAAGGGAGUAGAGAAAGGAGGUGAGGCUGUCGUAGUGGAAUACAACGAAGUGGUGCAGAAACUGGGUGAAGCUCUGCAGUCGCUUCAGCGGGACAUGCAGAAACUUACAGAGCAGCAACAGCAGCUUCUGAGUAACCAGAGACCCGGAAACACUCCCAAAAACACCUCCAAACCCGAACCAAGAAGUUUCACCAAAACUCCCCCUCGCACCCCAACAAAGACCCCACCAAGAACCCCGACAAAGACUCCCACCAGGAGCACCAGUAAGGCCUGGGUGAUUCCUUCUGGGCCUGGCUCUCCUGCCGGUUCUUCCCCUUCACGGCGCUCUCACCUCCUCACCUCGUCCACGUCUCCCAAAACCAGCAUCUCUUCAUCAUGUCCAGCUCCUCGGACCAAAACCCACUCCUCGUCCACUCCCUGCAGUCCCAAAAACAAUCCCCGUCUCCAGCACCACCCCCACCCACGACCCUCCGAACUCAAAUUCCCAACGCUCAAUCGUGUUUUGACUCCGACCCAGAAUGUGGACACGCUCCCCCACCUGCGCCGUGUGUCUCCCAGUAAAUGUCAGGUCCAAACAUCCUCUUCCUUCCGUAUUGGAGAGCCUCCAACUCCCAAGCAGCCUCCUCAACCUUUCCAGCAGCUGCAGCCUGAAGAGAGCACCUCAGACACAGGCUCGAGCGAGACACCCACCCAGUUUAGCCUGGAGCUGGAGCAGGAGGACGCGGAGGAAGUGGGAGCCCUGCCAGUGUUACCACAGUCCAGACAGGACAGGCUGAGAGCCGCUGGAGGCAGCAGCUCCGGUGCUCCUUCUGAGUGCUCCUUUGAGAGCGACACCUUGUCCCUCUCUGCUGCGUACAGCACAGGAGUUGAAGGAGAAAGAGGCGAAGGAGCAGGAAAGCCCUGCAGCCUGAUUGAGGCGUCCUUUUCGUCUGCUGGAGGACCAGAGGGGGGCAGUGAUGAACCCACUGAUGAGGGACAGGAGUUCUCCUCUGAUUCGAUGAGUGACCACACUGAAUCGGCCACAGAUGCUGUUAGAGAGCUACACAUAGAGCAACUGGAUCCAGUCCAACAACUCAAUUUGGCGACAGAGGCCAAGGAGGCGCCAGAGCUGCAAACCGGACCAGCAGAAGGACCAUCAACACACGCUGAGACAGCAGAGGUUUGUGGGGAGAAGAAUGAGCUCGAAUCGAGAGGAGGAAUUGGAUUCUUCUUUAAGGAGGACGUCCACAGUGAAGGAGAGAUGGCGCAGCGUAAAGCUCUGCUGCUGGAGAGGCAGCAGAGGAGGACGGAGGAGCUGAAGAAGAGGAGACAGUGGAACGAGCAGGAGAGGGAAAACAGACCAGCAUCCUCUGAAAGAAGAGUGGCAUCUCCCUCCAGCAACCCCCCUGCAGGUACAACCUCCCUGUCCCCUACACCUCCAGCCACUCCUGCUCGGCGCGGGGAUUUCACACGAGGAGAGUACGCGCGACGCCAUCAGCUCAGAAUCAUGGAGGACCUGGACAAAGUCCUGAAGCAGAAAUCAACACACCAAAGCCGAUCGGCUAAGAAAAGCCGCUCACGGCCUCGCAGCAUGACCAGAGAGGAAACCCAGCUGUCUCUGAGUCCGGCCAAGGGACCAACAGGCUCUAAGCUGACAAAGGCCCACUCACAGUCCUCACUGAACCUUGCAGCUACAGAUGAGCCUGGAAACCCGACAAAGAAACCUCAGAGUAAUUCUCCCUCACGAUGCGUGACACCGAACAAGUCUGCCCAUCUGAACGGAGACAAGGACUGGGAGUCUGGUUCCAGCGGGAACUCUCCAGGUCCGGAUUAUACAGGUCCGAAGCUUUUCAAAGAACCAAGCUUCAAGUCCAAUAAAUUCAUCAUACACAACGCUUUAUCUCGCUGCUGCCUCGCUGGGAAGGUCAACGAAUCACAAAAAAGCAAGAUCAUUGAGGAAAUGGAGAAGAGCUCUGCAAACCACUUCCUCAUUCUCUUCCGGGACUCCAGCUGUCAGUUUAGGGGCGUUUACACUCUCAACCCUGACUCUCAGGAGCUUGUCCGUCUGACAGGAGUCGGCCCGCGGAUGGUCAACCCCACUCAGGUGGAAUCGUUGUAUAAGUACAGCUCAGACAGGAAGCAGUUUAGUGCCAUACCAUCAAAAACCAUGGGCAUGAGCAUUGAUGCCUUCACCAUCCCUGGACAUCUUUGGCAAGGAGGGGGAGGAGCAGGAGGAGCAGGAGGAGGAGGCAGGAGAGCAAGUAUUACUAAGAAGGCGGUCAAAUGAGGAGGAGUGUAUAAGGAUGUAAUAAACACAUAAUAAACACAAUAUAGUUAUAUAUAUGUGUGCACACAGAUGGGUCUGUCUGUGAGUCUUACCCCUGAAAGAGAUCAAAAAGUGUCCCCUGCACAACUUUCAGAGAACAGAUGCUCCAGCGGAGGAAAGUUUUGUAAAUUGUUUGUUGCACGAGUUAGAGUUCCUCUCAGAGGCUACAUAUUUACUUUAAUUGUUUGAAGUACAAACUUUUGCCUUUCUUUAGAGAAAAUCAGACGUUCCUGAGUCACACUGACAGACCAAACAGUGACUCGCUGCGUUUCUGCAGACUGAAGCGUCUCCGUCAUACAACAAGAAGCUGUUCUAAACAAAAAGCCAAACAAAGUGAAAAUGCCUUUUUGAGCGAAUGGCCUUUUUUUUUUUUUUACUAUUGAUUUUGUGGGUGGAUGAAAGCACAACUGUUUGUAAAAUGAAAGACAGCCAUGAACAUGAUGCCGAUGUCUUUUUUUUUUAUCUCAGUACUUAUGAUGAUCCGACAGGAUGUAAGGUUCUUUACUACAUGUGGAAUAAGCUCAUUUCUAUAAUUACAUGACAGUAAACGCUUAUGAUCUGAUGAAACUGAAUGUUAGAUGCCAAUAUCAACAGUUUUGGUAAAUAAACAAAGAGCGUAUGCUGAA